ACACAUAACGGCACAUAGCGAGAAAACGGAAUACGUCCGAUCGAAAUCCAUUCACGUGCCAAGAUUCUAAUAAUAUAAUCACGUGAUAGUGAAUUAUAGAGCAUUAGAUAUUAGAUCACGGAGCAAUAUUGAAUUAUUUAUUGCUCACUUCAUAUUCAAUAUACAUUCCAUUUUUUCAUUAACCUGUCGUUACACACGAGCGAAAACAAAUCCUUAAAAAUGGUUAUUCCGCACGACGACGAAUAUUAUCAAAAUAGGAUCCCCGAGCCUGACUUGGGAGCGUUUCAAAAUUUUUUGCGAUUUGUUUGGAAUCCAGAGAGGAAACAGUUGUUCGGCAGAAGUGGGAAGGAAUGGGCUUUGCUGGGCCUCUUCUACUUGUGUUUCUUCACCGUAUUGGGUUCCUUGUUUGCGUUGCAAAUGUGGAUCAGUAUCGAGUACGCUUCGAAACUAGAAAGACCGUUUCUCCUUUAUAGUGGCUUGACGCCUAGAUCUUACUUCGGCGUCACGUUUCCACUUUUUCGUCACGUAGAUUUUGGUAGUCCAGGAAUUGCUUUUAAACCGAAUAUUUUAUUACCUACAAAAUCUCCUAUUAUUUGGAUAGAUAACUCUAGUGCAAACGCUCGUCCGAAAAGAUACGUGCAAGCCUUGAGCGACUUUUUGCAAGAGUACAAUAAAAGUAAAGAGAAUUAUAAAACGGUUGCGGAAUGCAGUGAUGGGGUAUCGAUCGUAUCCAGUAUGAAACCUUGUUUUUUCGAUAUUGAAAGUCUUGGCGUUUGCGGACAACCUCCGUACGGAUAUACAGAUCCAUUGCAGCCAUGUGUCCUCAUUAAGUUUAAUAAAAGAUUUAAUUGGGUACCACGUCCUUACAAUAAAUCGUCCCUAUUACCAGAGAACAUGCCACACACGUUGCAAGAAGCUGUGCACGUUUCAAACAAGUUCCAAAUCUGGUUAUGGUGCGACGGAGUAAGUAACGUUGAUAAAGAGCACGUCGGAGAAAUUGAGUAUUUACCGAGUCCUGGUUUUCCUGUGCAAUAUUUUCCGUUUGUGGGACAACCAGAUUAUUUGGCACCGGUGGUCGCGCUACGUUUUAAAAAUGUUACAUCGUUUAGAUUAGUGACGGUGGAAUGCAGCUUAUGGGCGCUUAAUAUUAACAAAGAUGCACAGAACGCAUUGGACUUCCAAAUAAUUCUGGGCGAAUUAUAAAAGGCGAUAAUUACGAAUAUUUGUGUACUUCGAACAUUUAUUAAUGCAAAUAUAAUAAGAAAUUAUGGAUUACUUAUUUUGGAUUAAAUAUUUAUUUUAAAUU